CUAUGGUAACCGAACUUCGGCCCGCCGCAGAGACGGUUCUGUUUUUAACUGAUCCGGUUCCGUGAGAAAAGAGAGAAAAUGAUGGAGAGCGACGGGAGAUUGAAAUGUCGGGACAUCCGCCUCAUUCUGCCCCGAACCAUGGCGAUGAGACACAAGAUGAUCCAGAAGGAUCCCGUCCAGCACCUGGUGGACCGGAACCAGAAGCUGAAGGAGAUCCGGGACGAGGUUCUGGGGUUCACCAAAGAGUACCGGGACUGCAGCAUGAAGCAGUGGUGGCUGCAGCGCUGCGAGCGCCGCUACGUCAGAGGAGCCGUGGCGAGAGGCGUGGAGGCGGAGCUGGAGCAGCACGAGGCCAACAUCAGCCAGAAGAGAGACAGGCUCAGGCGGCUGCUGGUGGCGGAGGAGCAGCAGCUGCUGCAGCAGCUGGAGGACAGCAAGGAGACGACGCUGGAGAGGCAGGUGAGGAUGAGGGAGCGAGCGAAGACCCUGAAGGACCAGAGAGAGAGAGAGAGGCUGCAGCUGGUGUCCGACAAGAUGGACCAGCUGUUCACGGAGCGCUGCGAGGAGCUGCGCUGCAUCCAGAGCCGGCGCCGCCAGCAGCAGGUGGACCGGGAGCGCCGCCACCAGCUGGAGCUGCAGCAGGAGGAGCGUCUGCGGCAGCAGGAGGAGGAGGAGCUGUUCCACCGGCUGUGGGAGGCCGACCGGCAGGUCAAGGAGGAGCAGGAGGCGCGGCAGCAGCUGGAGCAGCGGCAGCGGGACCAGGAGCUGCGGCAGAUGCUGCAGGAGCAGAUGGAGGCGGUGGAGAGCCGGCGGCAGCAGGAAAAGGAGCUGAAGGAGGAGGAGGCGCUGCUCCUGCUGGAGCAACAGAAGAUGGAGCUCCUGCUGCAGCAGCGGGAGGAGCAGCUGCUGCAGCAGCGGCGGCGGGAGCGGCGGCAGCAGCUGGAGCAGGACCUGCGGCUGAAGAUGAGGCGCCUGGCGCAGGAGCAGCAGCAGGAGCUGGAGACGGACAUGAAGAUCCUGCAGCAGAUUGACAAGGAGGAGACGGAGCAGCGGCAGGAGGAGGCGCAGAGGAAGGCGGAGCGCUGCGAGGAGCAGCGGAGGUACCGGCAGUAUCUGGCUGAGGAGCUGCAGAAGCAGAAGAAGGAGGAGCAGGAGACGGAGCAGCUGAUGGAGGAGAAGCUGAAGGAGACGUGGAAGAAGAGGGAGGAGGAGAGCCGGCUGCGCAGGGAGGCCCGCGACCGGCUGAUGGAGGAGGUGCUGGAGACGCAGCGGCUGCAGAUCCAGACCAAACUGGAGAAAAACAAGGAGAGACAAGAGCAGCUGGAGAAGGAGAAGGAGGAGGCCAAGAGACGGAGGGAGCUGGGCGCCAUGGAGGAGGAGGAGCAGAGGAGGAGCCGCAGGCGGGUUGCAGUCGCCUACCAGGCAGACCUGCAGGCCCAGAUGCAGCAUCAGCAGCAGCUGCGGCGCCACCAGCAGGCGCAGGAGGUCAAAGAGCAGCAGCAGGGCCGGAUCCUGGAGCAGCUCUACAGCCUGAGGAAGGAGCAGCUGCUGGACAAGAUGGACGCCUGCAGCCACCCGUUCAGGAGAGCGCUGCAGCCGACGGCGCAGACCCACUGACCCACUGACCCACUGACCGAGAGCUGGACCGCAAACCAGCAACUAACCAGUAAUAAACCAGUAAACCAGU